CUUGAACACCACCUUAAUCUGAAACUAGAGAUGGCUUGCGACGCAUCACAACUGGCUCCGCUCCUCGGCAACGCCACUGACGCUGCCGAUUACAUCUGCAACCAGUUCGUCGAUGCCGGCUACGCCAUCGACAACACCUACCUGCUGUUCUCGGCUUACCUCGUGUUCGCCAUGCAGCUCGGCUUCGCGAUGCUCUGCGCCGGGUCGGUGCGUGCCAAGAACACCAUGAACAUCAUGCUCACCAAUGUACUCGAUGCGGCGGCGGGUGGGAUCUUCUACUACCUCUUCGGCUUCGCCUUCGCGUUCGGCACCCCGUCGAACGGCUUCAUCGGUAAGCAGUUCUUCGGGCUCGAGGAGGUGCCUCAGGCUGGGUUCGACUACUCCAACUUCCUCUUCCAGUGGGCCUUCGCCAUCGCCGCCGCCGGCAUCACCUCCGGAUCCAUCGCUGAGCGAACCCAGUUCAGCUCCUACCUUAUGUUUUCCUCCUUCCUCUCGGGUUUCGUCUACCCCGUCCUCUCCCACUGGUACUGGUCUGGUGAUGGAUGGGCAUCGGCCGGCCGAAAUCUCGGUGAGUCGCUCCUUUUCAAGUCCGGGGUGAUCGACUUCGCAGGGUCCGGCGUGGUGCACAUGGUGGGGGGCAUCGCUGGCUUCUGGGGCGCGUUCAUCGAGGGCCCCCGCAUCGGGCGGUUCGACCACGAAGGCCGCACCGUGGCCCUGCGCGGCCACUCCGCCUCCCUGGUCGUGCUCGGCUCCUUCCUCCUGUGGUUCGGGUGGUUCGGGUUCAACCCCGGGUCCUUCGUCACCAUCUUCAAGUCCUACGGCCCCAGCGGGAGCAUCAACGGCCAGUGGUCCGCCGUCGGCCGCACCGCCGUCACCACCACCCUCGCCGGCUGCGCAUCGGCGCUGACCACCCUCUUCGGCAAGCGCCUCCAGACGGGCCACUGGAACGUGGUCGACGUCUGCAACGGGCUACUCGGCGGCUUCGCGGCCAUCACCUCCGGGUGCGCCGUCGUCGACCCCUGGGCCGCCAUCGUUUGCGGCUUCGUCUCCGCCUGGGUACUCAUCGGGCUCAACACGCUAGCCGCCAAGCUCAAGUACGACGACCCCCUCGAGGCGGCGCAACUCCACGCCGGCUGCGGCGCCUGGGGGAUCCUCUUCACCGCCCUCUUCGCCAAGGAGAAGUACGUGAACGAGGCGUACCCAGGGCGCCCCGGCCGGCCUUACGGCCUCUUCAUGGGAGGGGGCGGCAGGCUGCUUGGUGCGCACAUCAUCGCCAUACUGGUCAACAUCGGAUGGGUCAGCUGCACCAUGGGGCCACUCUUCUUCAUCCUCCACAAGCUUGGUUUGCUCCGCAUCUCGCGCGAGGACGAGCUCAAGGGCAUGGACCUCACCCGGCACGGCGGCUUCGCCUACGUCUACCACGACGAAGACCCCGGCCACCAUCAGCUCGCCAGCUUCCAGCUCAAGUCCGCCGCCGCCCGGGUGGAUCCCUCUACACCCCCGCAGGCCGCCGAACCGAACGAUGCGUAGCCAUGCAAGCCCAUCCAACCAAUCCAAACCUGCUUGUUCGUUCUAUGGAUCACCGUUCUUCUUCUGCUUUUGAAGUUGAGCAAUCCACUUGUUGUUUCGAGUUGUGUAUA